AUGGCGACCAAAGUCUAUAUCGUGUACUACUCAAUGUACGGACACGUGGAGAAAUUAGCACAAGAGAUAAGGAAAGGUGCUGCUUCUGUUGAAGGAGUUGAAGCCAAACUCUGGCAGGUGCCAGAGACGCUCCAAGAAGAUGUGCUCUCUAAAAUGAGUGCACCGCCGAAGAGUGAUGCUCCUAUCAUCACCCCCAACGAGCUCGCCGAGGCUGAUGGGUUCGUCUUCGGCUUCCCCACAAGGUUCGGUAUGAUGGCUGCUCAGUUCAAGGCAUUCUUGGACGCAACCGGCGGCCUCUGGAGGACUCAGCAACUCGCAGGUAAGCCAGCUGGAAUCUUCUACAGCACCGGGUCUCAAGGUGGUGGUCAAGAAACCACCGCAUUAACUGCCAUUACUCAGCUUGUUCAUCACGGGAUGAUAUUUGUGCCGAUCGGGUACACGUUUGGUGCUGGCAUGUUUGAGAUGGAGAAGGUGAAAGGUGGAAGCCCUUACGGGGCGGGGACAUUCGCAGGAGACGGGUCGAGACAGCCAACGGAAUUGGAGAUGGAACAAGCAUUUCACCAAGGGAAGUACAUCGCCGCCAUAAGUAAGAAGCUCAAGGGACCUCUUGCUGUUGCUGCUCCUUAG